AUGAGCUAUAACAAAUUAAUCCAAGACAAGAGGGCCAAAAUGUUGUACCUUGCUCUGUUGUUGGUGUUUUACCCCUUUCUUUGUGUUACCGGCAUUAACCUGACCUAUAUCGUUAAAAAGGACCAAAAUAUUUCGUAUCCAAGUUGUAUUGCUGAAGAUUUGGAAAGAUAUACGGCAGUAGGUUGGGUCUACCCCAUUCCGAGCACACCACAAAACCUUCCCAGUGUUGCAACAAAGUUUGUACCUACACUUGACAAUGAUUUCAAUUGUCAAUUCACCGAACACAGUCCCUGCAACUUAUUAUGGUCGUUGCGGGACUGGCAGAUAGAUAACGACUCCCCAAAAACGAAGGAAGUGAUUUUUGAUAGACGUUGGGAAGAUUUACCCAUAAUUUUUAUUUCCAACACUUCAAAAGAGUUUGAAGAAAAAAUUGAUUUACGUAAUAUUCUAACGCAAGCGUUUUCAGUACGAGCAGAAGGUCUGGUAGAAAUUUUUGUUUGUUCGGGCUCCGACCCUUACACUUAUCCCUGUUAUUAUUUCUAUAUUGACUACAACGAUAUUUACUUCAAGUAUUACGCUAAGAUUCCAAAAGAUGUCAAGGAGGACGUCAAAAAGAAGCCUUCGCAACACGUCAAGGCCGCUUCGAGCGUAGUAUCACCGGAUGAAUGGAGGAAUUUCGUUAUAAAUUACGGAGGCUCUAGUCUGGUACAACUAAUUGAUUUUACCGCUAAUCUUAAAAGGGUCUUAAUUGAAUAUUUUAUCGAUGAGCCAAUGACCGCAUCGUAUAUGUUUAUGAGGAGUUCGAAUUCAAGUCUAUGGAAAUUGCAUCAAAAUAGCUUUAUGUUUACCAAUACAACUCAGAUUUCCAGACUGGGCCCAAUUCUGACCAUCCCGAGUAAAGAUUUGUGCGUUUCCUUGUUAGUCAAGGUUUGCAGCUAUUGUGAAAUUAAAUUUCUGUACCUCAACAAGACUCGGCGAGUUUUGAAAGUAGUCGCACCGACACAGAAUGAAGAAUGGGUAGAAGUGAAGUUAAAAGAAGAAAACAUCCAGUUUGACAAAUUAAAUUUGUUCGUUGAAACCAAAUAUGUAGAUGGAAGUUCCAAGACCUCGGAUGGCUUCUGGGCUAUAGACGAUGUAAGAGUCUGCAAUGAAAAUGAGAUAAAAGUGUCAUAUCUAAAACUGAGUGAUACAUCACACAUAUCUGAUGAUAACAUUACGUGUCAGCUCAUAAAGAACCCGAGUUGGAAACCUAAAAAAGUAGUUUAUACAGGAGUAAAAGAUUUCCCGGAAGUUUUUGCCAAAUCUACCAAAAACUCGAUUCAAUUAAAAUGGAUUCCAGAAGACAGAAAGAAUCCUAUUACUUAUUUCAUAUUUUAUCGGGGUAACGAUAUCUGCACCAGUGAACCUCACAACAACAAGAGAUACAAGUCAAGCGGUUUUAUUAGCACCAAACUGAACGACGUGACGAUUAGUGACCUUGUGCCUUAUACUUAUUAUAAUAUUACGAUAUCGACUGUUUUACAUGAGACUGAUAAGAAAUUAUUUUUUAAUACAUUAGAGACAGACGAACCUAGUUUAGAAGAACUUCCGACAAAUAUUAAAUUGAAACCGUCGUAUACUUCCAUAAAUGUGACAUGGGAACCCGUCAACUGUUAUAAGAAAUAUGGCAGAUUGGUAUAUACGAUAAUUGUUUCUAAUUCUACACUAAAUUUCACCAAAGAAAUAUCUCUACAAACAAAUACUAGUUACGAGGUAACUGGACUUAAACCGUACUCACACUAUUCUUUGACAAUUUUAACAGCUCGUAACGGUAGGAGUAUUUACAGAAAGGUCAAGACUACAAACUAUACUUUGACUUUCACUACACUCGCUGGAAUUGCUCCUAUUCCAGAAAAUCUUGAAAUCUACUCAAUAGACCAAAAUACAGCGUCCUUAAGAUACGACCUGCCAACCAACUCGAACGGUAUCAUCAAAGAUGUUCACGUGAGUAGGUGUAACAGCCUUUCGUUCAACAAAUGCAAAGCGUCGUUUUCUAUCGUGAAAAGAUGCAGUCUAUGGCCGAAGAAGUAUUGCGUAGAGGUGAAUUAUCUGAUACCUUUCCAGUCCUACAACUUCAGAGUUGCCUUAAAGAAUCUGGAUACGCCUAGUUUUGGGAAAGAAGCAGUGGUGAAGGGUUUCGCUAACGACAAAGUUCCAGGCAAACCAACAAAUAUCACCUACAAAAUGGUUAACUGCCGCAAUGAUUACGAAUAUUGUGAUUUAAAUAUAAGUUGGUUGCAUCCUUACCAUCAAAAUGGCACCAUAACACAAUUUGAAAUUGUUUUGAACAGCACCAAUGUCAAGAAGGAAGCUGAAGAUGACAAAUAUAUCCAUGAAGUAUAUACUGUGCUGAAUAAAACUUACUAUUAUGAUUAUACGUAUCAGAUUAAAGAUGUUCCAUAUAGCAGUCACUACAACCUCUACAUACGAUCCGGCAACACCGCCUACAAAAGCGACUAUGAAGAAACUCACGUUAAAACGGACCAUAUCGGCGAUCAUAUCGACCAAAGUCCGAAACUCUUAGCUAGAAGUGACAAUAAUUUGUUGUUCAAGAUGCCAUAUCUAGACAGCAGACUAAAGUCCUACACCAUGACUGUUGUGGUCCAAGACUACGAUAAAAAGCAACAAGUUGAUGGUGAGGUGUUGAAAAAUAGAAAGGUUGCUGAUAAUUUGUGUAACAACUUUGGUGAUACUUGGAUAGCACAAGUAAUGAAGGUUGACAGCAAUAGCAGCAUCAGAAACAUAGCUAUAGGCAGUGCAGAGAAACAUAGUCUAAAGCCCAACACAAAAUAUUGCAUCACUUUCAUCAUCACCAAUAGCUAUAAGGACACAGAACACGACGUUGUUUAUUAUGAAAAACUGAAGACUACAAACAUCCAAGGUUCUUCUAAAGGAGUCGCUGAAGCAGGUUCCUCCAACCAUUUGUACAUGCUGCUUCUUAUAUUGCUUAUUAUACCAGUGGGAUUUUUAGUUUAUAGGUAUUUCAGAAAGAAGAGAUACAUCACAAAGUCAAUGAUCACACCAAACGAUCAUUGUUACGAAACGUUGCCAUGCAGUGAGAUUCGGCACGACAAAUCAGAAUCCAACGAAAAGCUGCAACCUGUUGUGAAUAGAGACUAUAGUUAA